AUGUCGGCAACACUGGAAACAUUAAAUUUUGAUAACUCUUGUCUUCGUUGUCUUCCAGUGGAGAAUAACACGGAGGUUUACCCGCGCAAUGUAGCGGGUGCUUGCUUUUCGUAUGUUCAGCCGACACCAGUUGAUAAUCCUCAGUUAGUAGCGGUAUCACCUUCUGCCAUGGCAUUACUGGAUUUAUCCCAAUAUGAAUUAGAACGAAGUGAAUUUGUCCAUUACUUUAGUGGUAAUCUGCCUAUUAAGGGUUCACGGACGGCUGCUCAUUGCUAUUGCGGCCAUCAAUUUGGUUAUUUUUCUGGACAGCUAGGAGAUGGAGCUGCUAUGUAUAUAGGCGAAGUGGUUAAUCAUAAAGAUGAAAGGUGGGAAAUUCAGUUUAAAGGUUCCGGCCUGACACCUUAUUCUAGACAUGCCGAUGGCCGUAAAGUAUUAAGAUCAAGUAUACGCGAAUUUUUAUGUAGUGAGGCUAUGCAUCACUUAGGAAUUCCUACUACGCGAGCUGGUUCUUGCAUCACAUCAGACAGUGAAGUCUUACGUGAUAUAUAUUAUAGUGGAAAUCCUAUUAAGGAGAAAGCAACUGUGAUCCUACGGAUUGCGCCUACAUUUUUAAGAUUUGGAUCUUUUGAAAUAUUUAAACCUUUGGAUAAGAUAACCGGGAGCAUGGGACCUAGCGUUGGACGUAAAGAUAUCCUUAUUCAACUCCUGGAAUAUACGAUUAACACACAUUUCCCUCAUGUUGCGGCUAAAUACCCAGACAGUGACAAGGAACGAUAUUUAGCUUUCUUUGAAGAAGUAGUUAAAGCAACUGCUAAGCUUGUAGCUUUAUGGCAAUGCGUAGGAUUUUGCCAUGGUGUUUUAAAUACAGAUAAUAUGAGUAUUGCUGGAAUAACUAUAGACUAUGGACCUUUCGGGUUUCUAGACGUUUAUGACCCUGACUAUGUCUGUAAUGCUUCCGAUGAUGGAGGUAGAUACGCGUUCAUAAAUCAACCUGAAGCAUGCAAAUGGAACUUGAGUAAACUCGCUGAAGCUCUUGCUAGUGUACUGCCAUUAGCAGAUUCCAAUCCUGUACUAGAGAAAUACAACGAAUUAUUUCAUAAAUUUUACCUAGAGAAAAUGCGCCUUAAGCUUGGACUUAUUCGGAAACAAUUGCCAGGAGAUGAGUAUAUAUUGUCUGUAGUACAUCAAAAUAAAUUACUAUUUGUUUUUUUUUGGGUAGGAGCGGAUUUUACAAACUCGUUCAGAUGUUUAAAUAAACUGAGAAUCUCUGAACCUGACCGAAGCUUUUCAGAAUUAAAAGCAUGUCUCCUGUCCCAAUGUACGUCGCUGAAAGACUUAAAAAAGAGAUCUAAGCCAUCUAUGCCACAAAGCCAAUUGAACAUGCUUAUAUCCAUGAUCCAAGCAAAUCCCAAUCUAAUUACUCAGAUGGGUCAGACUGCGCUAAGGAUAAAAAAUGAUUUAGAAAAAUUAGAGAAAUUGCGUGAUUUAAAUGAUCUUACCGAAGAUGAGAAAAGACAGUCCGACAACCUAAUAUGGGAUGGAUGGUUGAAAAAAUACCAAUGCCGCUUGCAUAUUGAAGUCGAACACCUCGAUGUUGAUGCUAUAAAAACUGAGAGAAUCGAGGUCAUGAACUCUAAUAAUCCAAGAUUUAUACUGCGCAAUUAUAUAGCCCACAAUGCUAUUAUACAAGCUGAGAAAGGCGAUUAUUCUGAGAUCAGACGUGUGCUAAAGCUACUGCAAAAUCCGUAUUCAUCGCAAUUGAAUGAAAAUUAUCAAACUGUUGACUAUUACCAUCAAACUGGACAAUCGAACGGAAAUAAUCGUAUAUUUGAUUAUGAUGGCUUGCCACCUGAAUGGUCGCAUGAUCUUAGAGUCACUUGA